UGCGCUGCCAGUCAUAGGAUAGUCCACCUGCUAAUUAAGUCGCGUUGGCAGGUUUAUUGUUCAAGAACUGAAUGGUGAGACAAUUGAAAUUACCUAGAGGGACAUUUCAUUCAUUAUAAUAAUAAUAAUGAGCACGUGUAUGCUGUCUUUUGUUGCCAUAACAGCAGCGUGCAUCCUCCGGUGCUCUGCAGCGAUGCUCGGUCUCUCUCUCUGCCGAUAACAGCGCCUCUUAGCUGGGCUCAGAUCACUGUAAAAUCACCGCACCGGUCCGGGUGGCUCAUUGCUUCAUGUCGGACUUGCCUUGUAUAGUCAACAACACCCUCCUGCUGCUAAAACAACCACUGCUGUCACACGCAAGCGUGAAAUCUGACGUGAUGCUCUCGCUGCCACCGUCCCAUUCAGCCUCCUGUCUGUCGGGAUCCUCCCUUCAGACAGUCAGUCGUGCGGACGGACGCGCUGGUGUAACAACACAUUGGCACAUUGGGCAUUGUCAGAGGAGCAGUGUGUUUAAACCAGACACAGAUCAAUAAGGAACUUGAUCCGGAUCGAUUUCCUGCGGCAAUGUGAAAAGAUGGCGAGAGUGCUCCACAACUUGCUGCUGUUUCUCAUCAGACUCGCGCUGCAGAUCAGAGUUCUGGGUUAUUGGUCGUUGAUCUACGGUUAUUGCUCGCUCUGCACCAUCGUAGCUCUGCUGAAACUUUGGUGGAACAUCAUCUUGAGGCCGACGACCACCCUCCAGUGGGUGGUCCGUGAGACUCCUCCGGCUUGUCUGAAUGACACGUCCUUGGGAACCCACUGUUAUGUCCGGAUCAAGGAGUCCGGCCUUAGGUUCCACUAUGUCGCUGCUGGAGAGAGAGGAAAGCCACUCAUGCUGUUUUUACACGGCUUCCCUGAGUUCUGGUUCUCCUGGCGCUACCAGCUGCGUGAGUUUAAGAGUGAAUUCCGCGUGGUGGCCAUCGACAUGCGAGGCUACGGGGAGUCCGACAUGCCGCUCUCCAAUGAAAGUUACCGCUUCGACUCCCUGGUUACCGACGUCAAGGACAUCGUGGAGUACUUAGGAUACAACAGAUGCUGCCUUGUCGGCCACGACUGGGGCGGGACCAUAGCGUGGCUGUUCGCUAUUAACUACCCAGAGAUGGUGACCAAACUGAUCGUCCUGAACAGCCCCCAUCCUUCUGUGUUCACAGAUUACGCUCUGCGCCACCCGAGCCAGCUGCUGAAAUCCAGUCAUUUCUUCUUCUUCCAGCUGCCCCGCUUCCCGGAGCUCAUGCUCUCCAUCAAUGAUUUCAAGGCUCUGAAGGCCUUGUUCACCAGCCGCAGCACUGGGAUCGGGAGGAAAGGACGGUGGCUCACUGCAGAGGACCUGGAGGCCUAUCUGUACGCACUGUCACAGCCGGGAGCUCUGACCGGAGCCCUCAACUACUACAGGAAUGUCUUCAGCGACCUCCCUCUGAGCCACAAUCACGUCAAGUCUCCGGUGCUGCUGCUGUGGGGCGAGCGGGAUGCCUUCUUGGAGCAGGAAAUGGCCGAGGCAUGCCGCCUCUACAUCCGGAAUCAUUUCCGUCUCAACAUCAUAUCUGGUGCCAGCCACUGGCUGCAGCAGGACCAGCCUGAUAUCGUGAACACCCUCAUAUGGACCUUCCUGAAGGAGGGAGAGGGACGCAAGAGCUACAGGAACUAAAUCCACAGCGAGGCCUCCUCCAGCCUCUCCCCCCCCCUUCUCCCCUUUCUCGCUUGCCACACCUGGAAGCCUGGAAUAUGCCUGUGACACCAAGCAACAUAGUGAUAAUGCAAUCAUUCUUUAAAUCUUUCACAUUUCAAAUAUUUUUUAAAGAUGUAGAGGGAAAGAAUUAAAGCACACUUCACCGGAGAGGACACUGAGCAGCAGUACGUGGUGUGACACACAUUCAAGAUGUUUUUUGCACAUGACAUCCGCCUUAAAGUUUGUCAGUUACAGCAUUACAAAUGUGCAGCAGAAUCUCCCUGUGACUUGUAUUGUGUGGUGCCUUUUAACUUCGGAGUGUAGAGAUGUCCUGAGAGACUGGGAUGUGGCGUUGUCUGCUAUACUUUAUGUACGUUUCACCGGGUCGCUCCACUCUUCUUCUUCUUUGGGCACAGUCCUUUGGGAGCUAUAACUCUCCCACUCCCUUUAUCAGGUAGUGUUGUCUGAAGGACUUUUCUUUUUUUUUGUAUUUUUUUCCUCAGAGAUGAUCAAGUGUAGAGAAUGUUGUUAUCUUGAUCUUCCUGUUUAGAAAUGUCAGUGUUGGUUGACUAUUGUACUCUUUUGUAUCUAUUCCUACACACUGCAUUUUGAAAAUUCACUGAGCCAGGUCUACACCGUUUGAUUUUAUAAAUAAACUAAGUGUCAAUCUGUUGGACUACA